AUGGGCUGCUCAUCUCUCCUUUCACUCGUGGCAAUCCUCACCGCCAGUGUCAGUGCCGUAGUUGCAGCGGGCUCAUCCUCCUACCCAGACACAGCAGCCCUCCUCCGCCGUCAGGCGCCAGGGACACCGCAGUAUGACUGCCACGCGAACUGCGGCGGCGUAAUCACCAUCGCCCGAACCGAGAACUACUGCGAAAACAGCACGUUCACGACUGAGCUAGAAGCGUGUCUGGACUGCGCACUCGAAUACGAUAUCUGGCAGUACUACGGGGAGAGUGUGGCCGCAGCCGCCGAGGGCUGUGGCCUCGAUGCUACCCCUGUGGCGGCGGCAAAUGCGACUACCAAUGGCACCGCUUCUGCUACCGGCAGCUCCUCUGUUGCCGGAAGCACCACCUCCGGCUCUGGCGGUGCAACGACGACGGCGGCAACAACCGUGUCUGCGACCGCUGCUUCUUCAGGUUCAGGCUCAGCAGGAGCUGCAAGUGAAACAAGCUCGGCGCCCGCUGCCACAUCCUCCUUCCCAGGUGCUGGUAAUCAACUCAUCAUUGGCGGUGGCGCCCUUGCCAUGGUUCCUAUCGGAGCUAUGUUGGUAGACUGGCUGUGA